GCUACUUGCAUGAUGCUGUCUUUAUCUUUAGCGCCUGCUGUAUCGACACAUAUUCGCGACAUGCCGUCAAUAUCAACUCUUCCUACGAGAUUGCCGAGCAUCGAGAUUGGGAUUCAGUCUCGAAUGAACUAUGUCAAAGAUAUAAUAACCGGCCAAAGUCACAUGGUCCUUAUAAUCUGCUCAAUCUUUGUUGGAGGUGUGGUCAUCGUGGGCAUCUUCUUGGCCCUGAGGUCGUGUGCACGAAGAUGCCGGACAGUGUUCAGAGGUCACCACAGCGUUCGGGGAUCUCUUGAUGCCGCCGAGCGGGGCGAUGCGAACGAUAUUGUCUCCCUUGCUCCACAUGGAGAUUUCACACUGGCUCCCAACACCUCGUGGUGGGAGGUCGUGGAGAGAAGAGAGGCGGAAGAUCCCACUUUCGGUGAGGAUUUGGUGAUAGCACCAGAGUACUGUGUGGAAGACGAGGUUUUGAGCUAUGACCCCGACUACUGCCUGAAGCCGGGCGCCCUCUGGUGGGAGGUCGUGGAGGCCCAGGAGAAGGCUGGGAGCUGAACAAAGAACUUUAGGGACUAAUGGUCCCCGGUGACACAUGGAAACCCGGACAUCAGUUAAACAGUCUCACGGACAGAUGUCCCAGAUGCUUCAAGCUCACGGUUCAUCUUCACAUCUGAUGACAAGAUGUCUCCAUAAAGCUGUGAAAGACCCGUUCCUUUGUGGACACAACUGUGGCAGUAAUACGUCAUGGUUUUUGUCAUGCCAAGGAGAGUAUAUACACAGAUGUACAGGGAUGUGUUCCCAUUGUUUAAGCAGCCACUUUAUCUAUAUGUUUCAGACUUUGGUGAUAUCUAUUUUAUAUGAUUUUACAUCUUUCCUGUUAUGUAAAUGUUAUGCAAUAAAUCCUAGGUUGUUACU